AUGUGUUGCCUAGGCAUAAAACCAGAUGAGAUUAAAUCCAGUGAUACAAACGAGGGCACUAAGGCGUUCGAAGGUGCACCAGCGGAGCAAACUGAAUCCACCGGGAACAAAGUAGACGACCAGGAACCAGUUGAUGAUACACAGGGAGCCGAGUCGCAGCUGGAAAACCUACAGACUACCACAACUACAGAUGCCGAACCUGAUUCAGCGGAAGAAACCGCAGACCCCACAGCGAUUGAUAAUUUAAUGGAGGACGAACAAGACGAACCAGAAACAGAGGAAUAA